CAUUUUCGCUCAACGAAACGUUUCUUCUAAGUUGGCUUGAGAAGGAUUAUCGCAUCCAUUUGCCGGCCACACAGAACAGCGUUUGUUCCACAAUGCCGCCAACAAGCAACCCGGAAUUACACUUGCCGAAACCAUCCGAUGUUGAGGGCAGCGUCCAUCACACCUCUGCCCAUGACCAUCACACAUCGACGCGAGCGCAACUAAACCAAAUUUAUGCUGGCGCGGUCUCAGGUGCGCUGACACGCACACUCACGCAACCAUUCGAUGUGCUGAAGAUACGAUUUCAAUUGCAGGUCGAGCCGCUCACGAUAGGCAAAAAGAGCAAGUACAACUCGCUGUGGCAAGCCAGUAAAUUGAUUUAUCACGAAGAGGGUGUACGUGGACUGUUCAAAGGUCACAAUGCGGGCCAAUUCAUGAGCAUCGUCUACAGUGUGGGACAAUUUUGGUCGUACGAACAGAUACGUGCGGUUAUGCGUGACAUGCCGUUCAUGUCGACACACAUGAAUGUGAUGAAUUUUCUUGCCGGUGGUUUUGCUGGUUGUGUGGCGACAAUUUUUUCCAUUCCCUUCGAUGUGAUACGUACGCGUUUGGUGGCACAGGAUCCCGGACAGGGUUAUCGAAAUAUGCUGCACGCCGUACCGCUCAUUUGGCGCACCGAAGGCGUUAGAGGCUAUUUUCGUGGCUUGCAACCGACACUGGUGCAGAUUGUGCCAUUGGUGGGCUUCAAUUUUAUGUUCUACAAGAAAUUCAACGAGAUGUUGGUGCACACCCGUUUGGCCAGGAACGAUCUCUUACCCACCUGGGUGUUGUUGUGCACUGGCGGUGCGGCAGGUGUAGCCUCCAAGGCGGUCGUCUAUCCGCUGGACUUUAUCAAGAAACGUUUGCAGGUGCAAGGAUUCGAACAGCAUCGUACGAAAUUCGGACGUACGCAACGUUGCAAAGGCGUAUUCCAUUGCAUAGAACUGACAAUGCGAGAGGAGGGCAUUAUGGGCUUCUACAAGGGCAUCUAUCCGACGCUGAUCAAGUCCGGCUUAAUGACGGCCUUCUAUUUUACCAUCUACGAUAGAUGCAAAUUGCUGCUCCAUCGCUACUAUAAUCUGAACGAUGGACAUGCACAUCAUCCCACUAAGCCGUAAGCAAAAGCGCACUGAUGAAGCGAGCGAAGUGCGGAGGGAGGAAUGGAGUAGUUUAUUUUGUAAAUCAAGGAAUCGGCCCCGGACUGAGGUGUGCGCGUACAUUGUGCGUGAAGUGCACCUUUACUUAUACCUCAUUAUAUACUCUAAGAGCGUAGAAUGUAGAUUUGUGAUAGUGCGUAAGAGACAAAAAGGAAAAUCUACUCAUUAUAGUGAAACUAAUUAGUAAUUGAGCGACAAAGAUAUACAUUAAUAAUUGUGAAAAAAAAUGAUAUUCUGCUGCAAACACUCAAACACGCGCACAGCCAACCCAAGACAAAUUGAAAUAUGUAGCAGUAGUGUUUACGAUGCUGUACAGUACAUUGCCAACAUAUUAGGAGCAGCAAGCAUUGUGUGACAAAAUCUAAAAUAGUUUUGAUGUCAUAAUCGAACACCAAAAAAUGAAAAUAAAAAAUAUAUAAAAUAAAAGGAGUUGAUAGUAGAUGGACGGAGGUGAAGAAGGUCAAAGCAUAAACUCUGUCAUACAGCAGCUUUGAAGUUCCCAUGGAAGAUAUAGAGCUGAGGAAGAUGCCGAAUCCAUUCAGCAUUUCUUAUGUGAAUGCCUCGCACUUCAAAUAAAGUGCUUCAAAUUUAUGGAAAACAAUUCUUUCGGGAUCUUAACCGUUUAGGCAUUGCUUUGUUGAAAAGGCUGAUUGCAUUUGCGAAAAGGUUGGGUUAGACUAAGGACAUGCAAAGAUAGGCCACAGGGAACUACUUUUCUGAGCAUCAGAAAGGGCUUUUACGCCUGAGUGAACUCUUGAUUGAAGACCAAAUAUUCGAACAUAACCUAGUCUGACAUAACCUAAUUCAUUUUAGCAAUUCGUAAUUAAUAUCUGUAUCAAUAAUUUACAGAUUUUACUUGAUGCACUUUUUUCACUUUGGUGUGCAAAGAAGAACUUUGUGACGUAUGUUGUGUCAAAAGGGGUAAACUUUGACUGGCCUUGAAAAAAUUUAGGCCCAAACUUGUGUGACAAAUAUUUAGCAUAAUCACUUGGUCUCUUUUAUCGUAAAACAGGAAAAAACAACAAGAAAAAAAACCAAAUUAAAAAAAAAAACGUUAGGAUUUGCUAGCUGCUAGCCCAGUGUUGAAUUAUUACUAACUGCGUUAGUAAAGAUUUCUUUAGACGUGGUAAGCUAAAUGUUCACCGUAUAUCUGACGAAGUGAGGUACGAGUAUUUUUAAAAAGAAUAUUUUUAAAACUAAAGCGUUCACACUGCAUAUUUCAAUCAAAAAGUGACUUGCUGGUUAAUUUGUUUUUUUUUUUAACCAAUUUUUGACUUUUUUGACAUUUUUUCUUCUUCAAACUUUCAAAAACGCUAAAAAAGUUUUUCAGAUGCAGUUUUCUACUUUUGAUUCAAUCUUUUUUGGAAAAUUUACUUUGGCCAUUAAAACCAAUUUUAAGGCGGUACUUUUCAACCAAAAAGUGUUUUUUAACGAAUUUUUAGCUGUUUUGGUAUUUUUUCUUUUUAAAAUUUUCAAAAACGCUAGAAAAAAAUUUUCAAAAUUUUUUUGGAAAGUUUACUGUACAUUUCAAUCAAAAAGUGACUUGCUGGUUAAUUUUUUUUUAACUAAUUUUUGACAUUUUUUCUUCUUCAAAGUUUUAAAAAGGCUAAACAAAUUUUUCAAAUUAAUUUUUCUACUUUUAAUUCAAUCUUUUUUGGAAAAUUUACUUUGGCCAUUAAAGUCAAUUUUAAGGCGGUCGCACUUUACAUUUCAAUUAAAAAGUGUUAUUUUUUUAAACUAAUUUUUGGCUGUUUUGGCAUUUUUUCUUCUUCAAAUUUUCAAAAACGCUAAAAAAAUAUUCAAAACUUUUUUGAAAAAUUUACUAUACAUAUCAAUAAAAAAGCGUCUUGUUGGUUAAUUUUUUUUAGACAAAUUUUUGACUGUUUUGGUAUUUUUUCUUCUUCAAAUUUUCAAAAACGCUAAAAAAGAUUUUCAGAGACAGUUUUCUACUUUUAAUUCAAUCUUUGUAGGAAAAUUUACUUUGUCCAGUAAAGUCAAUAUUAAGGCAGUCGCAAUGUGCAUUUCAAUCAAAAAGUGUUAUUUUUUUAACUUUUUUUGGAAAAUUUACUGUGCAUUUCAAUCAAAAAGUGACUUGCUGGUUAAUUUUCAAAAAGGCUAAAAAACAUUUCAAAGACAUUUUUCUACUUUUAAUUCAAUCUUUGUAGGAAAAUUUACUUUGGCCAUAAAAGUUAAUUUUAAGGCGGUCGCACUGUACAUUUCUGGUUUUUAACUAAUUUUUUGCGAUUCUUACUGUCAAAUUUAAGGCUACUUUACAUAGGGAGAUUUACUCUCUUAGCUUCACAGUGUGUGGACCACAGCUUCAUCAACCCGGCGUUAAAACGAUAUUAGAUCAGUAGUUUGGCCAGUUUAUACUAUUUUUCUAUUUAUUUUUCAAAGUUCAUUAUUACCGUUUUUUUCUAUUUGUAAAUAGCUCACUCCGAUUUUGUAAAUGAAAUUUUGUAGUAUUUAAGUAUAAUAAAGUGCAAGUUUCAAGUAGCUCAAAAAUUGCUUUAAUUUUUUUAUAAUUUUUGUCCUUGACAUUAUUCCACAUUUCCUCUAUAUUUUUUAUUUAAUAUAAUACUAUUUUUUACCAUAAUGUCUAAUUAAAUACCAUGGAAUUGCAUUUAGGUGUUAGUUUGUUAGAAAAUGCGCUGUAUUUUUAUAAAAAAAUAAUGAACCUUACAAAACAAAAAGAAAGAAAGAAUAGUCAACACUGCUGAAAAUAGUCAACACUGAAAAUAGUCAACACUGAAAAAAAUAGUCAACACUG